CAGCAACUAGAUUUUUCUGGAGAAAAUCAGCAAACAUGCAGGGCGGCGAAGGCCAAGUGAGAGUGAAACGUUGAAAUACUAAAAAUACAUGUAGUUUUCGCUGAGAAGCUGUGUGCAACAGUGUAGUCCACAGUCUCUGUGUUUUGCUGGCUGUGGAGCCUCGGUUACGGAUUUUGGCUUCUGCAAUAGUCUCGGACGAUGGAGGACGGGGAACAAUCGCCACCUUCUCGACACAACGAACAAAUGAAUGUUGGUACUACGGCUGAUGGCGAUGAAGGCAAUGCACAGACCCAGCCGGAGAAAGCUGCUGCUACUCAGGACCAAUCCACCACCGCACUCCAGGGCGACGAGGCUGAAGUGCCGGACGCUAGCACUGACGACGGACACGACGCGGCGCCGGGGAAGAGUGCACCGAGCGAGGACAGUGCACCUAGUGUGAGUAGUGAUGCACCUGUGCCAUCGCCAGCCAGCAACGAACCCACCGUAGAACCGCGCACACAGGUCGCAGGUUCCGACGAGUCCAUAUUAGAUGUGUUGAUUGUGGGGGCUGGCCUAUCGGGCCUUACAGCUGCCUACACGCUGAAGAAGAAAGGAAAUGAGAACGUGGAGAUUGUUGAGGCGAGCGAUCGCAUCGGUGGCCGGAGUAACUCAACGGAGCUAAAGACGGCGCUGGGUACGAAGAAAUUUGACACCGGCGGACAAUGGGUAGGCAGCACGCAGCUCAACAUCACGAGCCUCGCAGAGGAGCUGGACUGCAGAAUCACCAAGCAAUACACGGACGGCAAGAAGGUGCUGCUGUUCCCGGACGGCAAGACGUCGCUCUACAGUAACACCAUCCCACCGGUGUCCGCCGUUGGACUCGUCAAACUUCAGCUGCUUCUCAACAAGCUGGACAAGAUGAUGGUUCAGGUUCCACUCGACGAUCCCACAAAGUGCAAGCACGCCGAAAAGUGGGACAAUACCAGCGUUCAUGGGUUCCUGCAACAGAACAAUGUCAAAUAUGGCAAUGAAACGCUUCGGCACGUUCUGCAAACCGCCACAAGGACGAUCUUCGGCUGCGAACUGAACAGCAUGUCGUUGCUAUGGUUUCUUCACUAUUGCCAUUCGGCGGGUGGGUUUAUGCGCCUGGCGGACACUGAGGAGGGCUCAGCUCAGCACAGCGUUCUACAUGAUUGCUCUCAUAACCUGUGCUUGAAGCUGGCGGACAAGAUCGGCAGAGAUCGUAUCUCCCUCGCCGAUCCCGUGGUGGCCGUGGAGCAGAAUGAGGCAGAUGAGAUUGUCAAGGUCACGUGUACCUCAGGCAGGACUAUCAAGUGUCGCCGCGUCAUCAUUACUGUCCCGUAUCAUUUGCAAGAUCGCAUUACGUUUUCGCCGCAUCUUCCGACGUCGCUGAAGACGUUCACGAUGCAGCAGUCGCCUGGGCAUCUGAUCAAGUUCAUCGUCACCUAUCAGACGGCGUUCUGGAGAGAAGCGGGAAUGUCGGGUGAAAUCGUCGCCAUGUCCAACCCGCUGGCGGACGAUGAUGAUCAAAAAGAACGAACUGCUGGCUGCUCACCAAUGGCGCAAUCUAGAAGUCAGAGCACACACAAUGAGAACACACUGUCCGCUGUGUUUGACGUUAGCAAAGAAGAUGAAGCUGGUUUGCACCCGGCGCUGGUCGGUCUAGCCGGUGGUAUUCAAGCGGUUUACCAGUCACAGCUCAAGGAGGAUGAGCUCAAGACCAAGAUCCUAGCUGACCUAGCUCAUUGUCUUGGAGAGAAAGCACUCGAACCAAUCGAUUUUGUCAUUCAGGACUGGCACAAGGAACCCUGGGCCGGUGGGUGUCCGGUGAGCUUUUCAAUAACCGGAGCGCUAACAAACUAUUCCAAGCGGGCUAUAAAGCCGUUCGGAAGAAUUCACUGGGCCGGCACUGAGACCUCAUGUGUUUGGAGAGGCUAUCUGGACGGCGCUGUGGCAUCGGGCAAGAGAGUUGCCGAAGAGAUCCCAUUGCCCUCUGAUGCAGAAUAACUCUGGUAUCAGUUCAGCAGUGAUAUAGGUACGUAUCUGUAAGGAGACUCCCUCGAUGUAGGCUAAGGCCCGUGGAGAAUCCAUGAAUACAAAUACAAAUCUGCACCUGCAGCUUAUACCCAGUGCUCCUACACCUCAGCCCAAUACACCUGCACUGUGACCUGAUUUUUCAGAGGCUAUGCGCUUGCGUCACCAGUUGUAAUGCUUUGUGUAGAGUUCAGGGUUCUCGCCAAAGCGACAUAGCGGGACGCUGCGCCCUCCUUCACUUUUUGACCCCCCCCCCUCCCCCGUUCACUUUUUGACCCCCCCCUCCCCCAUUCACUUUUUGACCCCCCCCCCCCCCCCUCCCCCAUUCACUUUUUGACCGCCCCCCCCCCCCCUCCCCCAUUCACUUUCUGACCACCCUCCUUUACUUUUUGACCGCCCCAUUCACUUUUUGACCCCCCUCCCCCCUCUUUCAAAAUGAAUGUGCCACCCUUCAGAGUGUGAUUUCUACCUUUUCAUAUGCAUGAUAAGUACACUAUCAUCAUGUAGUAGCACAACACAAAAUGGCGGUAAAAUCCCAAAAUUUUGGGUCCGAUGAUCCCAUUCACCUUUCUUCUGGCUAUAACCCUGGAGAUUACACCUUCAGUUUAGAUGCUUUGUAGAGAGUUGUAAAGUCGCGGUGCAGCAGCGCAGCAGCAACGUUCUAGUCCCUUUGCCGCUCCGUUCCUCCUUUCACCACUCCACACUCCGUACUCUGAAGGAAAUCUGACUGCUGAGUUUCGAUUCUCUCAGCAAAGUUGCCUUAGGUUGCUUAGAGCUUGACAAGCAUGCCGUUGCACACUAGCUGAUUCUCUUCACGCCUAUGCAUAACUGCUGAUGCUUUUCAUGAAUAUGUGCUGUGUAUACACUUGACUUAGAUGACCCGUGUGCUGCACCUUGAUCAUAAUAGUAGCUAUCACAUCACUAGAGAUAUAGAGGUAACAUUUACGCUUGGUCCCAUAUUUUCUUUUAUUCUGCUUUGCAUUAAUAUUUUUGGUGCCCAAUUGGCUAGAGAAACUCAUAGGGCUUGUAUUCUAGUAUUAAUCUUGGACUCAAACCUUA